CUCUGCACUAGUCCCAUCGGUGACUUUCUCUUCCCUUUCCUUCCAUUAUCCUGAGUCGCUACUGGGCGAGGAAUGUGACCACUUCUUCCUUCUUUGUGUGGCAAUUCCUCCUUCCCCUCAUCUUAUCUUGUGUCGCGGAAAGACACCACCCAUCACUCCCCGCCCAGCACACGGCAAUUGACCAGACCCGCGCCUCCGAUCAUGGACCUUGAACACCGUGACUUCAACAACUCAGACCAGCCCAGGCGGCGGAGACGGAAUGCAGUGAGACGACGAAUGCGCAAUCGGGCACCCAUUUCCGCCCGUCUCUCGCUCGAUCCUCAUCUCCGCGGGAAUGUCGGGGUUGUGUCCGAGGAUCUGGCCGGUGACCUCUUCCACACUUCCGAAGGGACUGGAAAGGAAACAGACAUCCACUACAUCGCCAUCUCGCCGUACCAACCGGGAUCGAACGCGGUUGAGGAUCUAGCCUGGACCAUCAUUCCCGUUCGGCCGCAGUCCGCAGAACGCUCUUCCCAGUCGCCGCUCCCUCACUCCACCGUCCUUUUCCCAAGCUCGGCGACUUCUCUGCAGCCAUUUACCGAUGCCCUGAGCAAGCUUGAUCCCACUCGUCAUACCCUCCAAGCACAACGUCCCAUUGAGAUUCAGCUGUUAGAUGUUGCGCCUCUACCUUUGGACACCAUCUACGUGACUGUAGAGCGGGAUCUCCUCCGGAACCACGACGAUGUUCAAAACAAGUUUGGCGGAGGUUUUACGCCUAGUCAGAAUGGCCCCAAUGGACAUUGGGCGAAGGCAGGGAAGGGUGGUGUCGAGGCCAAGAAGCAGUCGAAAAAGGCGGCAGCGGAGACGGAAGAUAGGCUGACGGCUGCUGUACGGCAGGCCUUGGGAGCUGAGAAGGUGGUGCAUACUGGCGAUGUACUACCCCUUCCACUACCGCCCCAUCCCAUCACCUAUGCCCCGUCCCCGCCUGCACGUAUCUCUUACUGUGAGCCGGUUUCUCAGGGCCUGCUAAUGCCGACGACCAAAGUGGUUCUGAUUCAGGCACGGCCACAGGGCCAUCGGUCACAGCGAAGCUUACGGUCGAGCUCGGGUCUCCUGAAGCAAGUCGCGGAGGACGAAGCAGAUGACACGUCCAACGAACAGUUCUACUCCGCCGCGGAGGAUAAGCCGGUGGAGAGCAGCACAGAGGUCGAAGCUACAUCGACGGCAGAUGAGUCGGAGACGGAAGGGUCAGGAAAUGCUAGCGACACAUCGGACGACUCCCUAGAUGACAUGAUCUCUCUUGCUGCUCCCGAGCUACCUCAACCGCCGUCCGGCGUCAUGUCCGCGAUGACUGCUGCCACACCUCGGGCAGGUGGUCGCCGUGGGGACGGUACACAUACCCCUGGGUCCGUGGCGUCUAACUUCACCUCUACGACUAUGCGCCCUGGGCGAACAAACGGCGGGAAGGUGUUCAAGGCGGAAGGCUUGCUUCGGAGGGUAUCGAGCGACCUUCUCCAUCCCAGGCCACGGGAAGAUGAUGAUACCGAAUCAUUCAUCUUUGUGGAUAUUAGCACACUUGCAAAGAUUGGUUGUUUUUCAGGAGACUGGGUCAGAAUUGAGGCCACUGAAGAACCGCAGCUGAAUAUGUUCGCCUCUAUUAAGCUUGGAAGCUUCAACGAACAAGAGGAGGACUCAGGAAAUUGGCGUGCUGCUAAGAUAUACGGACUCCCAGGCCUGCCAUCGGCUAAACCUCGGUAUUCGAUCAACCAGUCUGGCGAGCGACGGUCGAGUAUCUCUCAGCGUGCGCCAACGCGCUUGACUCCUUCCGUCUUCGUCCCGCCUCUGCUCUUGAACAAUCUUGAGAACCCGAAAUAUCUACGCAUCUCCCCGAUCGCUUUUGCUGCGGCCAAUGGAGCUAAGCCUGGUCUUUUGCACCAGGUGAAGUCAAGUGUCGUGCGGAGCCCACCUCUGGCGAAGGAAGUAACUUUACUCAAGGUGUCUACCCCAUUGUCCAUGGACCGUGUUCUUCAACCGGCUCUGUUUGCUGGCCUCAAGCAAUAUUUUGAAUCAAAACGACGACUACUUAAAGGUGGUGAUCUUGUGGGAAUCAGCGUUGAUGAGGGACUCGGUCGAGCCGUCUUUCCUGUAACAACCGGUGGUGACACUGGUGCCCAGGAUGAUGAUCUGACUAUUCGUUUGGGCCAGGUUACUGAUGCUAACCACACCGCAUCCAAGAAAGUGGGCGUCGCCUGGUUCCGCGUUGGACAGGUUGUCCCUAGCACGUCCAAUGAGCAGGAUGGCCCCGAGAAUCAGUGGGGAGGUGUUGCUGUUAUCGAUUCAGCCACCACCCGAAUGGUCCAGGCCGGUAGUGAUGUCAGCAGGGUACCAGGCACUAUUAACAAUGGAUGGGAAUAUUGGCUUGGAGUCAAGACAGUUCCACGGGCCGCCAACGACGCUCCGACUCCGCAUGGCCUUAUCACGGAAGCCCCGCAGUCGUUUAUUCCUCCGUUGCAGCAGCGCAUUCGAGACCUGAUGUCAGUGGCAACCAGCCCCCGUGCGAUCCAGCUGGGCAUGAAACCGGUCGUCAUCCUGAUCAGGUCCCAACAGAGGCAUAUCGGCAAGGCGACCAUCGCAAACCGCGCUUGUGCUGACAUUGGUCUUCAUACAUUCCCCAUCGAUGCGUACGAUAUUUUGACCGAAGGUGGCGCCAAUGGAGGUGAUGUGAAGACCGAAGCAUAUUUGAAGGCCAGAGCAGAGCGCGCGUUCCACUGUGGGCCGGAAUGCACUGCUCUUUUGAUUAAGCAUAUCGAAGUCUUGACUGCAGACCGCAUCAUCUCAGCGAUGGCUGAUAUUGUGGCGGAUGCGCGAGUCGUGAUCGCGACCACCACGGAUGUGGAGCAGAUCCCUGAAGGCAUUCGUAGCAUGUUCACGCACGAGUUUGAGAUGGGUGCCCCGGAGGAAAAAGAACGUGAGGGAAUCUUGCGCAACGCUGUCACCGAACGUGGUAUCAAAACAUCACCUGAUGUUGAUUUAUCCACUGUGGCCCUGAAGACCGCUGCUCUGGUUGCGGGAGACUUGGUGGAUGUUGUUGAGCGGGCCUCAGCCGCAAGGACGGCUCGUCUCGAGAAACUGGCAGAACUGGCAAGCAAGAACGCUGGCCAGGCUGUCAGCGUUAGGGAUGUACUGGUCUCCGGUGGAGACGCGGCACGAGGAGUUACGAAAGUUGAUUUUGAUGCUGCAGUUGAUGCCGCCCGAAAGAACUUUGCUGAUUCCAUCGGUGCACCGAAGAUCCCCAACGUCAGCUGGGACGACGUGGGUGGUUUGACCAAUGUCAAGGAUGCUCUGAUUGAAACUAUUCAGCUACCGCUCGAGCGACCCGAGUUGUUCGCUAAAGGCAUGAAGAAGCGAAGUGGUAUCCUAUUCUACGGACCUCCAGGUACCGGCAAGACAUUACUCGCGAAGGCUAUUGCGACCGAAUUCUCUCUGAAUUUCUUCUCCGUCAAGGGACCGGAGCUGCUCAACAUGUACAUUGGAGAGUCUGAAGCGAACGUACGCCGAGUCUUCCAGCGGGCCCGGGAUGCUCGGCCUUGUGUUGUUUUCUUCGACGAAUUGGACUCCGUCGCACCUAAGCGAGGCAACCAAGGAGAUAGUGGCGGCGUCAUGGACCGCAUUGUCAGUCAACUUCUCGCGGAGCUCGACGGUAUGAACGGGGGUGAGGAAAACAGCGGUGGCGUCUUUGUCAUUGGUGCCACCAACCGGCCCGACCUCCUUGACACGGCUCUCCUUCGUCCUGGUCGGUUCGAUAAGAUGCUUUAUCUGGGUGUCUCCGAUACCCAUGAAAAGCAGUCUACUAUUCUAGAGGCCCUGACGAGAAAGUUCACAUUGUCGCCGGAUCUAUCGCUCCGCAGAGUGGCCGAUCGGCUGCCUCUGACCUACACAGGUGCCGAUUUGUACGCCUUGUGCUCGGAUGCUAUGCUCAAGGCCAUUACGCGGAAGGCUACGGCUGUUGACGAAAAGAUCAAGCAGCUCCCUGGAGAGCCGGUCAGCACGGCAUACUUCUUCGACCACUUGGCCACGCCAGAGGAUGUGGCGGUGAUGGUUACGGAGGAAGACUUCAAGGAAGCACAGGAUGAGCUGGUUCCUAGUGUUAGUGCCAAGGAACUGGAGCAUUUCGAGCGGAUCCGACAGACAUUCGAAUCAGUUGAUAAGCAGAAGCAGGAGUCGGGCAAUUCCGCGCCCCAGACCAUCGAGGAAGUGCUGGAGGCACUCAAAUCGGGAGACCAACUAGAGUUCAGUAUGGACGGACCCACCACCAACGGAGACUCGCAUGUCAACGAUGCCGGAAAGGGUAAAGGCAAGCAAGUACCCAGUAGCCAGUCGGCUAGUGGGAAAGGUAAAGGGAAGAGCCCUGCAGGAACAGGCGGCAAGUCGAAGAACAAGCUCGUGGCCAUGCCGAACGGCGACUCGGAUUCGUCUCUGGACGGACCGACGGCCGACCGGGGCACGGGACGAGGCUACGAUGAUGUUGGCGAGGACGAUGAGGAUGGGGUGACCAACGGGGGAGAUGAGGACUAUAUCAUCCGUACUGACCACCUAGCACAGGAUGGUGGGUCCAAGUGAUGAGGAAGAGGCAAGGGACGAUUGAUUCCUGGCGCCACCAGAUGACCUGUUGUAUUAUUCAUCAUGAUAUCAGGCCAUCUGGAGGGCUGGUGUACAUAUUAUACAUAUAUCAUAGCUGUUAUGACUGCAUACCAUGUGAGAAGAGAUUAUGAUGUUAUUAUACCAUAGUACUAUCCACAAUUUCACUAUUCCAGAAUGCAG